AUGGCGCCUAUCGUCUCACAGGAAGUUAUCGUUGCCGCUCCUGCCCAGGACCUGCUGAGGAGAUCAGAAUAUGCCUAUACCCAUGCAUCACCCUUUCUCAUGCAGGAAGGCGGCGGUCUUUCCGCCUUCGUUCCGUCUGAAGGGGAUGACUCGGACGAUUAUGAUUUCAACGAGUUGCUGAAGACGGAGAAUGAGAUUCUUGUUGAAGUCCUGCAUGCAGUCCGCCCCUCUGUUCUGAACGGGUCCCCAGCUGCGGACGAUGUCUUUCAAGCGAUCAAAGAAUGGUUCAUCCAGCUUUGGGAGACAAUAUCUGGAUUUGGCAGCAGGAUGUGGAAACCCAUCGCAGACAAGAUCGCCGAGGUCGCUGGGCAAGUCGAGAGCUUCAUCAGGGCCCACCCCAAGGAGAUCGCGUAUACUGUCGGAGGCGUCCUCCUCACUGUGGCUCUGAUCAUAUUUGGCGGACCGGCCAUCCUAACCCUCCUUGGGUUUGGGAUUUGGGGUCCUAUUGCUGGAAGCCUCGUUGCAGUACUGCGGUCCAUUGCCAUGGGCGGCAGCGUCCUCCUGGUCGCCAACCUCCAGAUUACGGCCGUUGUCUGUUUCAUCGUGGGACUUGCACUCAUCUUGUACUCUGCUCUGCAUGGUUGA